CGCGACUUCACCGUCUUGGGUGAACGCUCCACUCGAGAAAAGUGAAAGGCCAGGAGGCGUUGGCUAAUUGAAUUUCUAUUUUCGAUCCUGCCCAAGAAGCGGAGCCCCCAAGAAAAGGGGAUUGGAUGGGUUAAGGCGGCGGAAUGGGCGACUCAGGUAAGCGAAAUGGUCAUAAAUGCCCGCGAUAGGAACGUUGAGGGAAUCCCCCAGCAAAUCAAUCGAAAAUACACUACAGUUUAUGGAGAUGUGAUUAGAUUAGAAAAACAUACCAGUGAAAUAUGUGAAUUAAUAACUAUUAACAAUUAUAGCCACCAGAAAUAGGGAAUAUUGAUGUUAACCUCAUUGUAAUACUCUCUAUACGUAAUAUAUAUAUUUAAAAUCCAUUCCGCAUCUCGAGCAAAGAGUACAACACCCACGGUUAGGGUAUAAAUGAAGCUAUUUAAAGACCUUUCAAGCCUCGAGACAUUCACCUCCGGCUUUCAACUCAGGAUUGCUUUGGUUUUCGCUUGAGUUUGGGGUUUGGGGCUUGGGGGCCGACGCAACCGCGAGGCGACUAUUCAAUUUUAGACAUUUGACGACUUGAGUUGCUCGAGGCUCAAGCCAAAAGGCGUUGGCAGGUGCAGCGAUUGCAAUGGAAACUUGCGGCACGCAUAUGUGGCACAAGGAACAGAACGGCGGGAUGAGGAUGCCUUGAUUCAAAGAUAGCAGCCGGGUGGCAUUUGGAGGAGCAGAAGGAGAAGGAGGAGGCCCAUUGGGCCAAGAAAGUUAUGACAGGCCGGGCAGAGGCCAAAGCCUCGAGGGAUUAGGGCCACUGCACUUCACGCGGCUUGGCUUGGUUGCAUUAGAAGAACCUAGAUUUUCGCCAGAGAAAGACGCAUCCGCGGAACAGAGUCAUCAUGUUGGGAAUAGCCUGCGAUCCACUGCAGCAUACGAGCAUGUACGAGCGCGGAUCAGAUGAUAGCGAAGACAGCGAUGGAGAAGGCGGUCUGGGCAACGUUUCCCGCGUUAUCAUCCGUCCGCCGGGUCAAAGUGGCAAAGCCAAGCGAGGUCACCUCUGCUUUGAUGCGGCCUUCGAAACGGGAAACCUGGGAAAAGCGGAGCUGGUGGGCGAGUUCGAGUACGACUUGUUCCUCAGACCGGACACAUGUAAUCCGCGCUUUCGCUUCUGGUUUAACUUCACCGUGGACAACGUGAAGCAGGAUCAGCGAGUGCUCUUCCACAUUGUGAACAUCAGCAAGAGCAGGAAUCUCUUCUCCUCGGGACUGACGCCCCUGGUCAAGAGUUCCAGUCGACCCAAGUGGCAGAGGCUGUCCAAGCGGCAGGUGUUCUUCUACCGAUCGGCCAUGCACCAGGGCCACUACGUCCUGAGCUUCGCCUUCAUCUUCGACAAGGAGGAGGAUGUGUACCAGUUCGCCUUGGCCUGGCCUUAUAGCUAUUCGCGUUUGCAGUCCUAUUUGAAUGUGAUUGAUGCCCGGCAAGGAUCGGACAAGCGGUUCACCCGCUGUGUGCUUGUCAAGUCGCUGCAAAAUCGCAAUGUGGACCUGCUGACCAUCGACCACGUGACAGCCAAACAGCGCUCCACCAACCGCUUGGAUCGCAGCUUCAUCCGGGUGAUUGUAGUCCUUUGCAGGACGCACUCCAGCGAGGCUCCAGCUUCCCAUGUGUGCCAGGGUCUCAUCGAGUUUCUCGUUGGGAAUCAUCCCAUCGCCGCCGUCUUGCGGGAUAACUUUGUCUUCAAAAUCGUGCCCAUGGUGAAUCCGGAUGGCGUCUUUCUGGGAAACAAUCGCUGCAAUCUGAUGGGGCAGGACAUGAAUCGCAACUGGCACAUUGGAUCCGAGUUCACGCAGCCAGAAUUGCACGCGGUGAAGGGCAUGCUGAAGGAGUUGGAUAAUUCCGAUACCUAUCAGAUAGACUUUGUGAUCGAUCUGCAUGCGAAUAGCAGCAUGCACGGCUGCUUCAUCUACGGGAACACCUACGAGGAUGUCUACAGGUAUGAGCGGCACCUGGUAUUCCCGCGACUCUUCGCCAGCAACGCCCAGGACUACGUGGCGGAUCACACGAUGUUCAAUGCGGACGAACGCAAGGCGGGCAGCAUGCGGAGAUUCAGCUGCGAGAGACUGAGUGACACGGUGAAUGCCUACACAUUGGAGGUCUCCAUGGCCGGUCACUACCUCAAGGAUGGCAAGACCAUCUCCCUGUACAACGAAGAUGGCUAUUACCGCGUGGGCAGGAAUCUUGCCAGGACUCUGCUGCAGUACUACCGCUUCAUCAACAUCCUGCCCAUGCCGAUUGUGACCGAGGUGAGGAGCAAAAGGCGCGGGCGAAACCGCCAUGCCCACCACUCCCGAUCCCGCUCGAAAACCCGCUACGAGGUGAAGCCCCGUCCCAAGACUCCUCGUUGCCACGCCCCCAUUGCCUACACCAACCUGAGCAUAUGCUACGAUUCGGGCGGCGGAGGCGGAUCCUCGGACGAGGGCGGAUUCUCGCCCGUGCGUCCCUUGGCCCCAGGAAGCAGUUGCUUCAGUGGCUACCGAAACUACCGGCGCGCUGCCACAGCAAGUUGCUCCGCACACCCAGGUCAUGAUCAGUACUCCCCCUUCGCACUGGGAGCCCUGAAAACGGGCAGCGACCACGGCGGAGCAGUGGGUGGCUCCAAGGGCUCCAAGCGGUCAGCAGCGGUCACCAUCGAGGUGCCCCUGCCCGUGAAUGUGCCGCCCAAGCCAUAUCUGUCCAUCAUCGACUUGAAUCAACUGACCAGGGGAAGCCUUAAGCUCAAGUCCAACAGCUUCGACGCCGCAGACAGGAGAUAGGAUCGGUGAUAUGGCGUGGAUCAGGGUGACCUUGGGUUUUAGGAAUCCGAAGGAAGUGAGGAGUUGUUUUAGGUAUAAUCAAGAUCAAGUCUUUUCUACG